UAUUCUGUACAUUUGUAGGGUGUAGCUGCAACCCAAAUUGUCACAUGAAAACCGAUGUUCCAAGGGGAAAUAGUAAUGCAAUUUAAGUUUUAGCUGAUGACGUAUUUUAAUCUUACAUUGCGUGACAGUAGGAGCAAAUCUAUCCCUAACUUGCAUGUUCUGCAUUAUAAUAAAAACAUAAACUAAUUAAGACAUUUGUCUCAUUGAUAUAAUUAUUGUGCCUACCGCUAGAAGCCGCUGUUUUGAGCGCUUGGAAAAAUUCUGAAAUCUACAGCUGUUUAAAACGAGCCUUUACACUAUUGUAGUGUACUCCCCAGCACUUCCCCCCUCCCGCCCCACGAUGCUGAGGGACAGUGUGAAGUCCUGGAGCAACGGCCAGUCCGACUCCUACAACAGUGACCAGGAGGAGGAGGAGGAGGAGGAGGAGAUGGUCUUCGGAGAGAAUGACGGAGACCUGGAAGAGAUGAUGGACCUCAGUGACCUGCCAACCUCCCUGUUUGCCUGCAGUGUUCACGAAGCAGCAUUCGAAGACGAACAGCAUCGGGAAAGAUUUGAGGCCCUGUUCAGGAUUUACGAUGAGCACGCCACGUUCCAGUUGUUUAAAAGCUUCAGAAGAGUGCGGAUAAACUUCAGCAACCCAGAGGCAGCAGCAAGAGCAAGGAUAGAACUUCACGAAACGGAGUUCAACGGGAACCAAUUAAAACUCUACUUUGCACAGGUUCAGAAUGUCAGUGAAGACACAGACAAAUCGUACCUGGCCCCACCUCAGCCUGUCAAACAGUUUCUCAUCUCUCCCCCUGGUUCCCCUCCUGUGGGCUGGAGCCAAAGCGAAGAAUUAACACCAGUCAUCAACUACGACUUGCUGUGUGCUGUCGCCAAACUGGGCCCAGGAGAGAAGUACGAGCUUCAUGCAGGGACUGAAUCCACCCCCAGCGUCGUGGUGCACGUGUGCGAGAGUGAAGCCGAGGAGGAGGAGGAGGAGGAAGAAGCUAAAGCACCCAAACAGAAGAUUGUUCAGACAAGACGCCCGGAGGCACCACCGCAGCUGUUUGAUUAAAUCUAGGACUCUGUUGAGGAUUUUGGUUAGGCUAAUUUACUUUGGUAAGAUAGCAGGUACAUAUACCAAACCUGCGCAGGUGGAAUUUAUACAGGUGCAGAAUUUGCAUUGAAGGGGCAUGUUCACAGAGACAGGUGCAUUCCAGAAUGCCAGGCUCACCUCAUCUGCUCAUUUAAAGCACCGUGGUUUCUAGUUUUUUUUUUGUUUUGUUUUGUUUUUUCUUUUUCUCUUUUUUUUGUUUGUUUGUUUGUUUUAAGAACCAGUAUCAUUAGCUUGGUACCGUAACUCAAACCACAGGCCUAGAGAUGUAACAGCAAAGGUCUGUUGCACUUCUGCAUAUCAGCUGUCCUGUAGUAUUGCAAAAUCUCAAGGACACAGUGCUUUAUAUAACACUGUAUGUGUAUCUUAAAGAAAGUUCAAAACCUUGAAAACUAUGGGAAUUGUUGUACAUAAUGGUUUUAAGGUUAGCAUGCAUGUCUUGAAAUGAAGAUGGUUACCAAUAGUACAUGUCUACAGCCGGCACCUGUAAAUGUAAAAUUCGCUGUUUUGCUGGGAUGGGCUCCGUACGAUAAAACGUCUUGUUUUUAUGAAUGUCUGCAGAGACAGAGAGAAACAGAGUGGAGCUUUUGUCAAUCUCACCUGGUUCUGAUGUUCAUCAGCCAGAGAUGAAGAAAAAGAAAUCGAAGAAACCUGAAAAAAAAAAGUUUUUAAAACAUAAGUUUGCUGAAUUAGGGCGUCGGCUGAAGUCAUGGCGAUUGGCGAUUUGUGUGUUUAUUUCCGUUUUUUUUAUUUUUUUUUAUUCAGGCCGGUUUAUGGUGUUCACCCCUGAAUGUAAACUGCACAGUCAUCACAUACUGUUGUAUAUAUUCUGAAAAAUGUGUUGGCGUGGGAGGGAUACUGAAAAAGAGAGGCAGACGGGACAAAUAUUCAAGGUACAAAAAGAAAUGAAUGUCAGUUCAUCUUAAAAUCUGAAUUAUUAUGUAAUGCUUUUAAAUACAAUGUCCUUUAUCUUUUUUUAUACGAGUGGUUCGUAUUGCAAUUAUUCAAUUCAGUUCAGGAGCUGCUCAUCGGUUUUAGUUGCCUGCCAUAGACACAUGUUACACGGGCUAGAUCAGCCAGAGCUUCUUUAUAUUAAAGCCUCCGCGCCAUCUAGUGCUUUUAGUAUUGCCAGAACUACGAUAAGAGACUAUUUACUUAUGUAUCCCUUCUCAAUACAUUAAAAAAAUGUAAUUACAAAACAAACCAUUCAGAAUGAGAUUGAUAACACCAUGAAGUGUUUUGAAGCUAAAUAUUGGAUGUCAGAUACUUUCAUAAAUGACUUUUAUCGAUUUCCUUUUCUGUUCCAAAUCCCCUACGUUGCAGUCUGUAUAGCAUGUUUCUAAUUCUGUUCCAGAACAAACCCUUGAUUGUUUCUGACCAGCUACAACAGACAAACAGAAAACCACUGUACAGUCAAAAUUAGAUGUCCUUUUUGCAUCAUUAAUAAACAUGACAAAAAAAUGUAUAUAAAUUCACUGUAAAAUAAGGGUAGCGCUGUCAAAAAAAACAAAAACAUCUUUAUAUGCUUAUCGAUUUGUCACUGUAAUUAAUAAAGUAGGUUACAAAGAUAAAUAACAUCUGUAUGUUCCAAUUGUUAAAUUCAAAAGGGGAAUUUGAAACCCCGUUCUUAUAUAUUGAUUUUGAGGUGAUCAAUACAAAAAGAUGAAAUCGGCAUGAAACGCAAGUUGUUACGUAAUCCUAAAGUUCUGCAACUAUAUCUCCAAGUGGUUAUUUAACCUCAUAAGCUCUGAUAUGUGAAAAAACAUUUUAUUUUAGAAUUUAAUUUUUUUUUUAUUAUUUCUUGGACAAAACACCUUAUAGCCUUUGCUUUCACCAGCCUAGAUGUGUGAGAAUUGUAUUACAAAUUUCAUAUACCAACGUGUAAAUGUGUUGGGAUUGGUGUUUUGAAUUUGUGGUAUUGUUAAGUAGGAACGUGUACUGUAGCUUUAGUUUGGGGGGGGGGGGGGGGGUACUAUAUGUGGGGUAAUGUAACCACGCUCCAAAACAAAACGUGUGUGUGUUUGCACAUACUACAUUAGCUAACGUGAGCUUCGCUUUGAACUAUGGGCCUCAAAGCACCUUGUUCACAUGUAAAUCGUCAAAGGAUGUGUGCUGAGCAAGCAUGUUGUCAGAUCAUGUCUGUCUAGUAUUUGAAUGCUUGGCACUUGAGGUCUUUAGAAACUGGGUGCAUUUUCUACCAGUCAAUAAACUGAAAUUUGAGUGUGGCGUUGCGUUCAGAACAACGUUAUCAGUUACCGUAGCUGUUCCCCCUGUGCUGUGUCCACGCAGUAUCUUUUGCAAAAUAAACAUCAUUGUUCUGAUAUUUGUUAUUCACACAUCCAUAUCAUUUUUUAAAAACAUUUUUUUUUCAAUAAAGCUUAGAAAGAUCUCUAACAGUAGAGGCAAUCCUUUAUUAUCAGGCAAAAUACAGUAUGUUAAUCUUUUAAUCGCUUUUCUGUGCAGGUAUUUCACAUCACUGGUGCGCUUCAUCUGUAUCAUCUAUUACAUAUGUAAUUUCAGCACAUAUAAUCUAUAUCUAUUGAUAUUGUAAAAAAAAUAAGACUGCAAACAGCUUAAUAAACCUUUUAUCUUUUCUAAAAAAACAAAAGCAUUUUGUGAACUGCUAGUAAAUGUAAUGUUUGGUAAACAUAUACCACUUGUUCUCCAUAGUGUCAACCUGUGAUUUCUUUAGCUACUGUAUGACCUGUUCAUAUGUAUACUUAACAACUGUAAAUACAAUUUUAUAACACAUAGUAGUGAUUCAAUGUUUAGUGCUUCGAGAAGGCAGUAGGACGUUUUAAUAAAUGUCAUAUUUUUUUAACACAUUGCAUGGCUUGAUAUUGCACACUUUCCAAAACUAUUUCAGUGCUCGUAUUUAAAAUAGUAAUAGUCAUUUUCAUGGCACUGCAUUAUGCAUUAAUAAAAUACUAUCUGCUAUUGUAAUAAAACGAUAAGCGUGUGUGUUUUACACUAUAAACUCUCAUUCUAAUGCACUACAAGUGCAAGCUAAUGUGUUUCAGCCUGCGUUUGAAAGGCUAAUGCUUUCCAGGCUUAUUUGUUCACCUGCUGUUCUAAUGCUAUUUCAAUACGGUCCAUUGUGUUGUAUUAAGUAUGUGAAAUAGUGGCACAAAGGACCCCAGUGUAAAUUGUCUGUAAACUGUAUAUUCAUACCUACUGUAGCAAGUCGAACUGCCAGUGGGGUAUGCUGUGAAGCUUUUGCCUGCUCAUUUUGUGCUCUGCAUUAAGAAGACCCUCAAUACGUUUUAAAAUAAGCAACUUUUAAUAUCAGAAAUGGGUUUCCGUGGGUCAAGAACAUCAGUAGAUUUGAAUUUCAUUGGGAGCCCCGCUUAUAACCCCUUAGUCCUGGAAAUGCACCCAGUUUUAUUUAUUUUAUUUUUUUUUUGUACCUUUUUGCAGUCUUCAAAAAGGUCAAAAUCGUCACCCUUGUAUUGUUUCAUUGGGAAAUGAAUUCUGUGUCUUCUUGUACUGUAGUUGUUUUAACAAUGUGGCAAUCAAGCAAUAAUUUAUGGUUCUCUCUGUAUUUAAUGUAUUGUGUUUAAUAAUUUUCAGGCUUUGUUUUACCUGACCUGUUACUGGCUUGUUUUUAGUGUAGAAGUAUGAAUGUAAUUCGUUUCACAUAGAGUUAUAUAAAGGAAUAUUCUUAAAUCUGCUGUUUUGUCAUUGUUUGCUGCACUGAAGUUUAUAUUGCCCUACUGCAGAUAAAAUAAAGGACUUCUGCUUUG